CACGAGCGCGCUUCCGCUUUAAUGCGUUUUUGAAAGGAAGAGUGAGUGAAUUUACUUCAGCCACUACACGGGCACAGAAUUACAUCUCUUCAUCAUCUUCAUCAUCAUCUUCAUCAUCAUCAGCAGCAGCAGCAGCAGCAGCAGCAGCAAGAACAACUGUACCAGCUAUUAAGACUGUGAACGUGCACGCGCGAGAGUUUAUUUUCGACUUCCGCCUUUCAAACUCUUCCUGUUCGUGUCACUGACCCAGUCAUGUCGUUUUCCGGUGAGGAUGUUCGGGAUCGGCACACUCGCGUUCACACUCGGAGCUCUCCGGGAUUCCUGGAGCGUCUGGGAGAAACCAUGGUGGGGAUGGCGGUGGGCGUGGUCCUCUUCUUCCUCUCCUUCUAUGUGCUCUUCACUAAUGAGGGCCGAGCGAUCCGCACCGCAUCCUCUCUGGAUGAGGGACUCGCCCAGGUCGUGACCCUUCACCCAGACGUCUAUGUCGACCCCCAGAACAACGGACGCCUGGUUCACCUCUCGGCGUCUCUGCGCACGGCUCAGCCUCUGUAUGAUCCGAACUACAAGGUCUCGGUUCAGGCGGUGAAGCUGAAGAGGAAUGUGGAGAUGUACCAGUGGGUGGAGUCUCAGGAGUCACGGGACUACCAAGAGAACGGAGAAACUAAAACAGAGACCACGUACACGUACAACACAGAGUGGAAGUCGGAGAUCGUCAACAGCAGGAAUUUUGAUAAGGAGAUCGGUCAUGUCAAUCCCAGUGCAAUGGCGGUGGAGAGCGUCACUGUCGUCGCACCUGACGUGUGGGUCGGCCAUUUUUCUCUCUCUCGAGGUUUGAUUGAUCAGAUUAAUAAUUUCAAGACUCUGAGUCUGAGUGCACUUUAUGUUGCUGAUCCAUUUCUCACCGUCUACGAAGAUUAUUUCUACCACACAGCCAACCCACGGAGACCAGAGGUGGGAGACGUCCGUGUGAGCUUCUCCUACGCCGGACUCAGUGCUGAAGGCACUUUCCUCGGACCAGCACAGAAAGUGAGCGUGGUGGCGAUGCAGAAUGAAGACAAACUGAUGCCUUUUAAGACCAAAUCAAAAGACACGCUGGAGAUCCUUUACCUGGAGGAGCUCACAGCAGAGGAAGUCUUUGCUCGAGAACAUCAGUACAACAUGAUGAUGACGUGGACUCUGAGAGCAGGCGGUUGGCUCCUCAUGUUCAUCGGGAUCAAUAUGACCAUGCGCAUCUUUUACACUCUUGUGGACUGGGUCCCUGUGCUGAGGGAGCUGGUGUCUGUGGGCGUGACGCUCUUCGCGAUGUGCGUGUCCUGCUCUCUCGCUCUCCUCACCAUCUCUGUCGGCUGGCUGUUUUAUCGCCCCCUGGUGGCUGCGCUGAUCGCUGCAGUCGCCUCGCUGCCCGUCCUCGUCACGUACGCUCGCAAAGCCGAGAAAAAACACCAGUGACGACUACAGAGGGUGCGACUGUGAACUCACAAACAUGGAUUCUUUCGUUACACGGACCACUCCCACCGCUGCUGCUCAUCUCUUACACACACACACACACACACACACACACACAAUGUGUGGAUAAACAUCACUGGAGUACUCUGUUAUGGACUGAUGUUAAAAACCAAAGCGAAACACACUCAUAAUACGAAUGUACGUUUAUAUUCUACAGUUACUAAUAAAUCACUCUGAGCAGCUGAGACACUUUGAUCUGGAUUCUGAUUGGUCAGAAGGUGUUGAUUAAUUCUCUAUAACAGCAGCUCGUUCUAAUACGUUAUCGUUACUAUAGCAACAGGGACUCGUUCAAACGGAUUCUGUUUAUUAAGGAGACGUUUAUUUAAUUAACAUGCACAGAAGGAGUCUCCACUGUCAGGGCUCUGUAUCAGUCAGUGAUAAAACUGUAACUUUUUUUCUGUAAAGUUUUCCGACAUCUUCAGGACAGAAGAGUUUACGCGUCUUUGCGGUUUCUCGCUAACAUGCGUCACAAGCUGUGAUUUAUUUAUUUAUUUCCCCCUUGUGAAACGACUGUUUACAGCUGCUCAAGUGAGAACGGGAACAUGGUUAAUAAAUUAAAAAUUGUAACGGGGGGUAAGUUGCUGUGGGGGAAGAUGAAUGAAAGGUUCAGGGAGGUGAGCACGCUUGAAGUAGGGCCGCAUCACAUCACGCCGCCACACUGUUGAUUGUUUUCCUUGAACAGGACGUCCCAGAGCGUUUUAUUUCCUCAUUCUCACCAAUCAGAAUCCAGAAUUCUGACAUGCGGUGCUGAAGUCCUAUGAACAGAUACGUAUUGAAAUAUACAUUGUGUCAUACAGGAUUAUCAAGUGACGGGUCAUUUUUCUUCUGAUCGACUGUAUUUUUACGUUUGCGUUCCCGCGCAAACAAAUAUCAUGGGAAAGUAUUAUGAUGUGAAAAAGGGAAAAAAAAAACUCAAACAAAUAUGUGAACCCUAUACUUCUGUAUGUUCUGACUGUUUUGAUGAAUAUGCAAAUUAAAAACCCAGCCCUUGUUCCUGUGAAAA